AAGCGAUGGUCACCGGGCUCCGCGCCCUGCGGCCGGAUCACCCGAGCCCACUUCCCGGUGCACGGCAGACAAUUGCCGAAUACCCUUCCCCAGACAAUGGGGUCUUCCCACCACAAGCAUUGCCUUCAAACACCAACUACUAAUACUAAUAGCUUUGUGAGAGAACUGCUAGUACCUACUGGUCAACUUAUCCGAAACGCCCAGUCACUACCACCCUCAUCUUCUCAUCUCUUCCAUUCACACCUACAUCAGACCCCGCCCACACCAUGGCUCUCCAAGGCAAGCUGCCCCAUCCCAACCGCUUCAUUACCACGCACGACGCGUCCGGCAAAGCCAUCAUCGACGAGUCGAUCCCCGCGCCGGCGCCCUUCUACUCGCUCGGCCCGGGCGACGCGGCCUUCGCGCAGUGCUACGUCACGUCCCAGUUCCCCGUCGAGCUCAACGGCGGCGCCGACACGGCCGUGUACCAGGACUUCCUGCGCAGCCCGCCGGGCCUGGUCGUCUCGGGCGGCACCGUGCUGCGCUACGUCGACAUGCCGCCGGGCGCCACCUCGCCCAUGCAUCGCACCGUCAGUCUGGACUACGGCGUGGUCCUGGAGGGCGAGGUCGAGCUGGAGCUGGACUCGGGGGACAAGAGGGUGCUCAAGCGCGGCGACAUCUGCGUCCAGCGCGGCACGAUGCAUCUGUGGCGGAACUGCAGCCAGACCGAGUGGGCCAGGAUGCUGUAUGUGCUCCAGCCGUGCAAGCCGGUCGUGGCUGGCGGCGUGGAGCUGAAGGAGGAUUACGGUGACAUGAAGGGGGUCAAGGCUUCGGAGUAGGGUCGGGCGCGGUUUAGUGGAGUCCGGCUGCUCGUCUUAGCAGGAGCUUAGAAGUCCGAAUAAAUAUUACCACUCGUGAGAUCCAGAAGUGUCUUGAGAGUGGUGGCGUUUUAAAAAUUAUAUGGGUUGUACUUGUGAAUCCUGAUUCCGGGUAAAUCUUAUCUGGUCAAACAUCAGAUCUUCAUCGCAUUACAGAGACUAAGAACUCGAUUGUUGUCUGAAACGCUAAUUCACCCCCUAGAUCUCCCCACCGAUGCCGUACUUGAAUAUGCGAUCAUUCCACCUCCCCACUGUGGCCCUCCAGACCUGGGCGGCCGUC